CUCACGGUCCAAUUUUUUCCCCUCUUCCUUCCUGUUUCGUUCUCCGUCCCCCCGUUAGCUAGCCGGACGAGUUUUCCUUGUACCGCGAACACAUUACGUCAUUUUACGAUUCGUUUUAUGCGUUUUUUUUUCAUGCCAGACGUCAAGACAUUUCCGGCCGAUGCUGAGGUCGUGUAUGUGAAGUCAUUUUUUGGUCGCCGACUUGACGGACCCGUUGCCGUUUCGGUUCUUUCUUGUGGUUUUGACGUGCCCCGGGGCUGACAAAAGCCUGCCUGUCAGAUGUUGGACGCCACGAAGCCGGGGAAGCGUUUUCUACCCGUCUAGUGGGGAAAGUGGUCAAGUUUGACGGGGGAGGAAGGAGAGCGGAGGAGGAGACCGAGGACCCCGCCGAAGAAGCACCGUCGCCCGGUUGCCUGGCUGGGGGGGAGUACCGCUCGAUUCGGUGUGAUGGCAAACGAGCCGAUUAUCCUAAAUGUCUACGAUAUGUAUUGGAUCAACGAGUUCACCAGCACGCUCGGCAUCGGCGUCUUCCACUCAGGGAUCGAAAUCUACGGCCGAGAGUUUGCCUACGGGGGACACCCGUACCCCUUCUCAGGGAUCUUCGAAAUCACGCCGGGUGACGCCACCGAGCUGGGCGACACUUUUAAAUUCAAAGAAGCCAUCGUCUUGGGUAGCACCGAUUUCACCGAGGACGACGUGGAGCGGAUCGUGGAGGAAAUGGGCAAAGAAUACAAGGGCAACGCGUACCACCUUAUGCACAAAAACUGCAACCAUUUCUCCUCGGCGCUCUCGGAGAUCCUGUGCGGCCGCGAGAUCCCGCGCUGGGUGAACCGCUUAGCCUACUUUAGUUCGUGCGUGCCCUUCCUGCAGAGCUGCCUGCCCAAAGAGUGGCUGACGCCGGCCGCCCUGCAGUCCAGCGUCAGUCAGGAGUUGCACGCCGGCGGCGAACCGGAAGAGGCCGAAGACGCCGUGGCCUCCGCCUCGCUGGCUGCCGUGGCGCCGUCCUCUUCGUCCUCCCGUCACCAGCCGCGGCGGUAGAAAAGCGUAACCCGCCAGGAGGACGUUGCGCCGUGACGUUACGUGUACAUCCUGGCGGCAGAAGACUCGCAUACUAGUCAAACAGGAAGUCACCCGGAAAUGCUCCAAAAUCAGGUUGAUGUCCUUCCAUUUCCUUUUGUCAAUGCUAAAAGGAUACGGCUAUAACCGUCAAAUCCAAUGGGAAUUUGGACUUUGAAUGAUUCUCACCUUUGAAACGUCCUAAAAAAAUUUCACCGAUCAUCCAUCAACAUUGAUGGUAGCGAUGCGCCGAUACCAAUUCCGACACGCGCCUGUGUGAUAUCGGCUGAUACCGAUCAUCUACCAAUACCACGUUUUUUUGUUUUUUUUUUGAAAAAUGUAUUUUUAUUUUAAAUUAUUGCAUACGGAAGCGUAUUGCUGCCGCAACCAAGAAAAAAAAAGUCCACUCUCAUGUUUUUACAUGAUCAUUUCAUGUAAAAAAACGUGAUAACUAUAAUAUAAAAACUUGAUAAUUAUGUGAAUAUGUGAAAACUCAUUUAAAAAUGAUAAUUACCGUGUAAAAAUGCAAAAACGAUGAUCACUUUUUUACAUAAUUAGCACAUUUUUACAUGAUAAUUAUCAUUUGAAUUAUUUUAAUAUAAAUAAUAUUCAUUUGAAUUAUGUGAAGGCAAUUAUGUAAAAUCGUAAAAAUGUAUCAUGAUAAUUAUGUAAAAGUAAAAAUGAUUAGCAUGUAAAAAUGCUAGUUGUAACUAGUUAAGGAAGUAACUUAUGAGUUAUCACAUUUUUCCACAAAAAUGAUUUUACAUAAUUGUUUUUACAUAAUUGUUACGUGUUUACAUGUUAGUAAUCACGUUAUUACAUGAUCAUUAUCACGUUUGUACAUGAUUUUUAUCACAUGAAAAUUAUCACAAUUUUGCAUGUUACCACAUUUUGACACAAAAAUUGUUUUUACAUGAUAAUUGUUUUCACAUAAUAAUCACGUGUUGACGUGAUAGUUAUCAUAUUUUUACAUUAGUCAUGUUUUUAACAUAGCAUUUUUAACAGGGUUUUUACAUAAUUGUUUGUUUUGACAUAAUUAUCAUUUUUACAUGAUAGUUAUGUUUUUACAUGAUAUUUUUAACAUGUUAAAUAUCAUAUUUACAUGAUAAUUAUGUUUUUACAUGAUAGUUAUCACAUUUUUACAAGAUAAUUAUCACGUUUUUACACAAAAUAUUUUUACAUGUAUAAUCACGUUUGUACAUGAUAAUUAUUUCAUGAAAAUGAUCACAUCACAUUUUUCCACAAAAUUGUACAUGAUAAUUGUUUUUAUAUAAUUAUCACGUGUUAACAUGAUAGUUGUUUUCACAUGAUAAUUGUUUUUAACAUAAAUAUCACAUAUUUGUUUUUACAUGAGUUAUCACAUUUUUACAAUAAUUAUGUUUUUACACAAAUGUUUUUACAUGUGUAGUCAAAUUUGUACAUGAUAAUUGUGCAUUGUACAUGAAAAUGAUCACAUUACAUUUUCACACAAAAAUUGUACAUAAUUGUACAUGAUAAUUAUGUUUUUAACAUAAAUAUCACAAUUUGUUUUUACGUGAUAGUUAUUACAUUUUUACAGUCAUCAUGUUUUUACAUGAGUUAUCACAUUUUUACAUGAUAAUUAUCGUGUUUUUACACAAAUGUUUUUACAUGUAUAGUCACAUUUGUACAUGAUAAUUGUUAUUACAUGAAAAUGAUCACAUUUUCACACAAAAAUUGUUUGUACAUGAUAAUUGUUUUUACAUAAUUAUCACGUUUACAUGAUAGUUGUUUUUACAUAAUUGUUUUUAACAUGAUAAAUAUCACAUAUUUACGUAAUUGUUUUUUACAUGAUAAUUAUUACAUUUUUACAUAAUUGUUUUUACAUGAGUUGUCACAUUUGUACAUAAUUAUCAUGUUUUUACACAAAUGUUUCUACAUGUAUAAUCACAUUUGUACAUGAUACUUGUUAUUACAUGAAAAUGAUCACAUCACAUUUUUACACAAAAAUUGUUUUUACAUAAUUAUCACGUGUUUACAUGAUUAUCAUGUUUUUAACAUGAUAAAUAUCAUACAUACAUAAUUGUUUUUACAUGAUAGUUAUUACAUUUUUACAUAAUUAUCAUGUUCACGAUAUGAGUUAUCACAUUUUUACAUGAUAAUUAUCACCAUUUUACACAAAUGUUUUUACGUGUACAGCUAUCACGUUUGUACAUGAUUGUUAUUACAUGAAAAUGAUGACGUUAUCACAUUUGUACACAAAAAUUGGUUUUACAUGAUAAUUGUUUUUACGUAAUUAUCACGUGUUUACAUGACAGUUGUUUUUACACACUAAUUAUCAUGUUUUUAACAUGAUAAAUAUCACAUAUUUACAUAAUUAUGUUUUUACAUGAUCAUCACAUUUUACACAAAAAUUGUUUUACAUGAUAAGUGUUUUCACAUAAUUAUAACGUGUUUACAUACUAUCACAUUUUACAUAAUUAUCACGUCUUUACAUGAUAUUAAUCAUGAAAAUUCUCAGAUUUUUACAGGAUAGUGUUGUGUUUUUACAUAAUUAUCAUGUUUCUACAUGCUAAUUAUCACGUUUUUUUACAUAAUUAUAAUGAUAACAUCACUUUCCCAUGAUAUCACAUUUUUACAUACUUAUCAUUGAUUAGUCUGUGAUAUGAUAAGUGAUUAUAAGUAUGAUAAGUGGUGAUUUUUUUUUUUUUUUAUAGUGGCAGCAAUACACUUCCAUAACUGCUUACUCAUUGACUGUAAAGUUAUUGCUUUAUGGACUCGAUAAGACACAAAUUCACUCAUUAUUCGCCAUUGACAACACUAGACGUCCAAUCAUUUUGAAGCGGGAGGGUAACAGCGAAUGAACGUUCGCUGGCUUUUUUCACUUUUCUGCCAUCAGGAAGUAUGGUUUACACAUUUUUAUCCCGUCUUAACCUUCACCAGCUGUUCAAAAAAAAGACUCGACCAACUGGUUGAAUGGUGCUUCUUGCUGAUGCAGGUAACCCGAGCCAAACGUGGACCUUUUUUUGUGAGUGACUCGUUAGUAGCAAACCCAGUGCCACGGUGCCUUCAAGCUGGCUCGCCAGGAAGAGCAACCCAACAUUUUUCAAAUGUUCUUUUAUAAACUUGAGCACAGUAACGCCUUCUCUUCUCCGACCAAGCCUUUUCCCCCUCCUCGACUCCAAAUAUUUCUCGUCGGUUUUAACUUGAUCAACUCAGGACACCGAAAAAAUCUUUUGGUGGUCAAUUUUAUCGCUCGUUGAUGUCACAGAGAACACGAGACGGCAAUUUUGUAUGAUGAUUUAAGAGAAAAUAAAGCUUUUGUUGGCCGCAUGUCUUACAUUUGGACGAAUACUCAUUCAAUUUCUUUUUUUUUUUUCAUUAUCCAUUGUAAAUUCAAGGGUAAAGGCUCCUAAAUUCUAUUUAUUUCUAGUAAAAUGUUAUGGAAUUUUGCUAUGUUUCAUUCAAAUUGAGUCUGCAACUAAUAUAAGUAGAAAAAAAAUCCCAAAUAAUUAUUUUAUUGUCCUGUGUAUCUAUCUUUAGUUGUUUUUAAAUUAAACUAUAUUAUUUAAGUUAAAGAAGAAAAAAAUUCCAAUUCGUCCACACUGUCGCUGUCCACUCUGUUGUGUUAGUGUCCCUUUAAGACAAUUCUUUUUGCAAAAAUGUCAUCAUUAAAGGGAAAUUCAACUGUGGUAAGCAAUUUUAUUUUUUGUAGUGGUUGAUCAUAAUGUGUCCAUUCUGUCACAGCUAUAUAUCACCGCAAUGGAAUGGUUUCAAAAGGUUUAUUUGCAAAAUGAUACUUUUCUCACCAAGUAUCCAAAGUCAUGUUAGCUAUUAUGUCAGCAAAGCGAGGCUGAGGGCUAACUUUAGCGCAAAAUGUCGGUUAUGUCCUUGUUUUCUGUUCGUCCCGAGUGUCACUGUUAGUGUCCCUUUAAGAAAAUUCCCAUACGUAUCAAAGAAAUUUAAUCAUUUCUCACCAAGUAUCCAAAGUCAUGUUAGCUAUUAUGCGAGCAAAGCUAGGCUGAGGCCUUACUUUGCACAAAAUGUCCCCUCUGUUAGGUCCAUGUUUUUUCUUGUUCGUCCCUAGUGUCACUGUUCACUGUUAAAGGGACACUAACACAAUUUAAGGAAAUUCUUUUGCAAUAUUAUCACACCAGUGGCGAAAAAUUCAACCGGUAAGCAAUUUUAAUUUUUGACCUUUAAAAAUUUAGAUUUUGCAGUUUUUUUUGAAGUAGUGGUUGAUCAUAACGUGUCCCCUCUGUCACAGCUAUAUAUCAAACAAAUCGAAUGGUUUCAAAAAGUUUAUUUGCAAAAUGAUUCUUUUCUCAUCAAGUAUCCAAAGUCAUGUUUGCUAUUAUGUCAUCAAAGCGAGGCUGAGGGCUAACUUGAGGACAAAAUGUCCACUCUGCUAUGUCCAUAUUUUCUUUUCGUCCCUAGUGUCAGUGUUAGUGUCCCUUUAAGAAAAUUCCCAUAUCUUAAUGACAUCACUCUUCUGUGAUAACAUCACACCAGUGGCGGGAAAUUCAACUGUGGUAGGCAAUGUUAUCUUCGGCCCACAUAAAAAUCAGAUUUUGCAGUUUUCUGAAGUAGUGGUCGAUCAAUACGUGUCCACUAUGUCGAAGCUAUACAUAUCAAAGAAAUUUAACCAUUUCUCACCAAGUAUCCAGAGUCAUGUUAGCUGUUGUGUCAGCAAAGCGAGGCUGAGGGCUAACUUUAGCGCAA